UUUCAAGUGAACUUUACGUUAUGCUUGACCAUACUUAAUCUGGGUUUGUAAAUUUCGUAGAGAAGAUGGGCCGACACAGGGUGCAACGUUAGGUUACGUUUUCAGGCGCUAUUCAGAGGAAGUGAUCCUUCACCCCAACAUCUGCUUGAAGAUUACAAAUUUGUGACGUCAGCACGCGUUCAAGAUGGCGGCGCUCAUUCAGAACAUGCGAUCGUGCCUGGUCGUUGGCAAGUCGUGCAGUUUUACCUGGCAUCCCAAAAUGCUUGCAAGAUCAUGCAUGACGAGUGUUCAAACUAUUCCUUCAGUUGACGUAGAACAGGAGAAGAAGCCGCUGUAUCCUCCCGUUGUACCGUCCCUCACGUCAAACUCGGAAGUUGCCAAGAAGUACAAAAGACAGCUGAUUAGGCAAAAGAUUGCCUCUCUUUCAUCACCGAAGGACAAGAUCACUGCCUUGCUGCAGCAGAAUCGUAAAGCCUACAUGCUGUAUGCUCUGGGACGGCGCUACAAUGUUCAUGCUUACCAACAAUGGGUGACAAAGACAACAGUGGUGAAGCAACUGCCAGAGUCCAUUACAGAUGUAACGUUGGACGACAGAUUUGAGCAGGUCAAGUCUCAGGUAAUGGAUCUCAUACUACAAGAGAGGCUUUACAUGAAGAGGAAUGAUAAGAAGUGGAGGGAGCCAUACCGCUUUGGCGUGGUGUUUACAAAGGAGCUGGCACGUCUCCUAACCACUGCUGUCAGCGGUGGAGCACCCCAUCUUGCCACAGCUAACAUAAUCCAUGAUCCCAAGGUAGAAUACUGCUGGCCACAUACAGAGUACUGGUGCCAGCUGCUGGACCAACCAGACAUCCAGAUCCUUACACAGCAUCCCUUACCACAGUAUUGCCCAAUGGACAGUGAUGCGAGUAUUGAUGGUGAAAUCCCUGUCUAUGAGUGGUCUCCUAGCCAUCUUGCUAUCUUUGAGAGGACCAGAAAACGUACCAUCUUUCCAGGCUUCAAGAUUGAGUCCCCUACCCAGUGUGGACACACCCAGUUCCGUGUGUUCUCUAAGGACAUCAGCAGGGAGAAGUUUCAACAGGACCUGCAUAGGGACAAGACUGGGGACCAGCUUGAGCUAAGGAUCAUGGGGGCUGCGGUCAUGGGUCUGUUUGGGUGGACAGCAGCACAGGCUUUCUAUAGAGGAUUCACUUGGUACCAGGACUUGCAGUACCCCAUCACUUCACAAGCCAUCCUUACAGAUGGCCGUUACUUCACGUUUGGGUGCUAUCAGCUGAACACACUCAGUCUUCAGCAGGAAGACAACCCACUGAGGAAUGUCCUGUUCUACCAGGACAGCCAGCCUCUGUAUGAUGACGUCCAGGAUGGCCAAGUUGUUGGUUUCAAUGACAAUGUGUUAAGGACACUGUUACAGGUGUUGGGAAACCGCACAGAGCCCCUUCAGGUUGAGUGGGGCCCAGAACCGGUACCCUUCAACCCUCCCACUCGCUUCAACUAUCACCUGGAAGACACCCAGGAAAACAUUUUCUUCAAGCAAAUGUAUGCACCACACCUAAGGAAGGAUCUCUCGGAAAAGAGAGUUGUGCGUAAGCUGAAGAACUUCAAGGACCAUAGACUAGGGAAGAAUAUUGGCUCUAAUGUCAAAGACAUUUACCAGCUUGACUCUAACCCUUCUGUCAAGAAGUUCAAAGGAGAAGACUAAAAGAAUAGAAAUCAAGGCUUUGUGAGGGAUUAUAGAGAGUAUAUGUGAUCAUUGAUGCAGGAGAUUUUACUUCCCUGCCUUCAAGACUGGAUAUAUUUGUACACGUAGUUGUUUAGAAUUAUGAUAUGGCAAAUACAUGUACUGCUAUUUGACUUAUUAGUAAAUUUACAACAACAAAAAGAAGACAAACAAUAGAUAGGUAUCACAAUGCCUUGUCAUUUUGUACUAUGAAUUACAUUGUGUUCCUGCAAAAGUUUGUAAAUGUAGCUCUAUCUGGUUCAAAGAUUACUAUUGACAUAUGGAUCAGUACUUGUAACAUAAUUAGUAUAUCCUUUGGCCUCCACUAAUUUCAGGUCACAAUUUCAAGUACAUGAGUUUUAUUGUUUUACAGAAAAGCUAUUAUUGUAGCGUUUCCUAAUUGAAUGAGAAAAUACAUUAUGCAAG